AUGGACAUCUCUACUGAGCCCUUCCGGCCCGGCGUACUCGAAAGGCUCGACCUCGACCCUGAAACAAUGCUGUUGAACCUCAAUCCGCGCCUCAUUGUCGUCCGACUCACCGGCUUCCAGAGGGAUGGCGAAUACGAAGGCAUGGCCGGCCACGACAUCAACUACCUCGCGGUCUCGGGCAUUUUGAGCAUGCUCGGAGGGUGUGAUCAGCUGCUGUCGCCGCCGAUGAAUCUGCUCGCCGACUUCGCUGGUGGUGGCCUGGUGGCCUUCACGGGUGCCCUACUCGCUUUGAUCCAGCGCAGCCUCAACGGGAAGGGGCAUGUGGUCAACGCGAACAUGGCGGGCGGUGUUUCCCACACUGGGAAGCUGGCUCGUCUCUCGGCCAGAACCCGGAGGUGUUAUGAAUACAAGGACGGAGGCAAGUAUCUGGCCGUCGAUACGCUGGAGCCGCAGUUCUAA